UUGCCCAUGGUUGCCUACAAGCUCAGAACGAGCAGGCCACGGAAUGGCUGGUCUUGGGAGCAGGCGGUUGAGAUGCCAGGGUUUAGAGGCAAAGGGCUGGGGACUACGAGCCAGGACCUUCCCGCGUCUGCUCUGCGCCCCCGCAGUUUCCUCCGCGCCCACCAGAAGGCGCCGGGGCGCUCGCAUUCCCAGCGCGGAGCCCGAGCAGCUGCAAUCAGCCGGGAGCUGAGCCGCGCUGCCCUGCGGCGUGAGGAGCCGGGCAGCUGCCGGAGCCCUCCCUGCGCUGCUUUUGGGACGCGGCGCCAGGGAUCCCCAGCUUUGCCCCCGGGGCUGGGGUGCAAGUGACUCUGAACUUGGUCCUCGCGCCUCUCCAACCGCCCCCAGGCAGGAAACGCCCAGAACCGCCACCGCGCAGCGCUUCACAAAAGCCGGGAGAGUUCCAAGGCGGGAGGGGUCGGGCGCGCUCCAGAGGCAGGAGGGUCCCCCACACCCUUCAGGCUCACGCCCAGCUCCCCCAUCGGGUAGCCCCCAGCCCCAUGAGGACCCUCAGGCCGGGGCCGAGAGCCCGGCACAGCCCGGACCGAAAUUUUGCCGCUGC